CGUACAACGCGCCUUUGCGGAUAGGCUGCUCUUCUGCCGCGCCGCUGAGACAGGCCGGGACGCCGCGACUUCGCGAGCCUCUCCCAGUCUCCCCCUACUUCCCUCUCUCUGCGCCAUGGCCAUCUCUCCGUUCCGAUGCAUAUGUGGGGCCCAUUACUCCCUAAGCAAGGACCGUGGUGCGCCCGCCCCAUCUCCUCUUGUCCUACUUUUCCUUGGGAUGCAGGCAGGAGAUCCAAAUACUCGGGACAAUCUGUGAGGGCAGUGCCUAUGCGUUUGUUAACGGUUGGAAAGAAGAGGUCUCGAGGGACACAGCUUCUCGUUGAAGAAUUCAAAGAGAAGCUCGGAUACUACUGCGAUUUUGAAGACACCCUUAUCAGGUCCAAUCCAAAACUUACAAGUGAUAUUAAGGUUCAAGUAGAGGCAGAAGACACAGCUAUGAUGCAGCAACUCAAACCUGAAGAUUUUGUGGUUGUGUUGGAUGAAAACGGGAAGGAUGUCAUAUCUGAGCAGAUAGCUGAUCUGAUUGGGGAUGCUGGCAACACAGGAUCAUCAAGGCUUACAUUUUGUAUUGGUGGACCAUAUGGUCUUGGGGUACAAGUGCGAGAGCGUGCAGAUGCAACCAUUAGGUUGUCCUCAUUAGUUUUGAAUCACCAAGUUGCUUUAAUUGUUCUAAUGGAGCAGCUUUACAGGGCAUGGACUAUAAUAAAAGGACAGAAGUAUCACCAUUAAGCUAAUGUGUUCUCAUCUCAUCAUCAUCCACUGCUAUUUGAACAGAUGGACCUGGGAAUGGAAGACUGCAUGCAUAAAUUUGCAGGUGUAGUGUUCAAGGAUUCAUAAUUGUAUUUUUAUUCAUAUACAGAACCCCAAAUUCUCCAAAAUGAUUUACCUAGUAUGUUCUUUGACUGAUCUAUCAGUUUCUAGUGCAGCAUGGACGGUACAGACAAGAUGAAAAUUUGCUAGGUUAUUUACUGGUUGCUACAUGCUUUAAGUUGUAAGCAAGAAAGGCCUCGUGCAGCCUUACCAAGGAACAUAUGCCAUCUGUAACUGAAGUUUUGCAAAAAGAAUAGCACACACACCCUUAGAAGGGAAUGGCGGACGGGAACAGCUAACAUCGAGAUCAACCAUGUCAUUGGAUUUAGUUCCUCUUCUAUUGUGAACAUAGCGAAUGAGCAUAAAGAACAGACAUCUCUUACCAAUGUGUGGUGUUAUAAAUUCAAAACAAGGGAACAAAACACAGAAAAUCCUGUCUUGGUGCUGAAUGUAACAAUGGCUUUAUUUCACUCUAACAUGAAUUAUUUGCUAGUUUUCUGUUAGAAGAAA